AUGAAAAAACGAGUGGCAAAAGUACUAUCUUGUGACCAUACCUUUAAAACCAGCAAACACGUUGGUGUUACUCGAGAGGAUGAUGGUAAAUUCGUAUGCCAAUUUCAAAAUGUCUUUCUUGGGUUAAAUGAGAACGGAGAGGUUUUGACCUGGCGAUUCACCAAAUCGACUGCGUAUUCUGAGAUUGACGAUUUAAUCAAAGAACUAAAAACAAGAUUCGACAGGGAAGGAGUUCCCUUGGAAAUGAUAAUAGUGGACGACUGUUGUCAUGUAAGAAAUCUAUACGAACGCAUCUUUCCAGGAGUAAAAAUUAGAUUGGACUUGUUUCAUGCAUACUCAAGGAUAGUUCAAACUAUUUCCAAAAAAGACAGUUACAGUAAGCAGUUUUCCUCUGAAUUGUCUCUCAUUUUACGUCGAAAUGGAGACCUUGGUACAGAAAGGACAACGAGUACGCCUGGCUCAGACGAGAUCGAGGCAAACCUAGAACGGUUAUUGUUUUCUUGGAAGGAUCGUUUGUCUAAGGAAACUCUCCAUCAAUUAGAAUGCCUUCGCAAACACAUACAAAAGGGGUGUCUUUCGGACAUACCUCCUGGGUGUGGAACAGAAAAGAAUGAACGUCUACACAGACAUAUAAAUAGAUCGCUCCUCUGUGGUGUCUCUAAGAUUGGACCAGAACUCGCGAUAGCUGUAAUGAGUUGUGCAUUGUUUGCCUGGAAUUGCAAACGACAAAUAAACAGAUUGACCUCGAGAGCUAAGCCUGUUAUGCCAGUUGAAAUAAUUAGAAAAGGUAACCUUUCAUCGCCACAACAACACAUGAAGCAAUUUGAAAUUUCUCAUGCAGAGGACUUCAUGAGCACACGGAGUAAAGUAAAUUUUCCGGGACUCGUAGAGCGACUUAAAACCCGGAGUAUCGUAGAUUAUAUCAUCCAAAGAGUUCUACAUCUCCAAGAUUUUAUGGACGCCUUUACGGAAAGAUGUAAAAACAAAACGGUAGAUAUCCUGGCUUUCCUUUGGUCCACCAGUUUAAAAACUGAAAAGUUUAUAGAAGUAGAGAAAAAGAUGAAUUCUUUGGAAUUAGACUUAACUGCUCAACACAUGGACAAUUUGAUAAGGAAUCUUUCGGGUUUUAACCUUGAAGUUGACAAGAUCGAAAGAGAUGGGAACUGUUUUUUCAGAGCAGUUGCCUCACAGCUCAAUAGACACCUGAGGGAAUACAAGGAACAUAUCGAAGGGCAUUGCACUUCCCUUGGAUUAGGAAUUAGUGAAGCCUUCGACACACGUAGACUUGGGGAGCUGUUUGUGAAAAAAGUCUCUGAUAACAUUGAAGAGUACAGAGACUGGAUGACAACUGGCGUUAAUGGGUUAGAGGAAGUUUACAAAUUUAGCCAAGACGGAUUUUUCGCAAAUGAAGUUGGUGAUUUAUGCGCGAGAGCAACAGCUAAAGUCUUGAAAAUUCCAAUUGUGAUUAUUACCGCUCUCCCUUCAACACCUACGGUGCCAUUCCUACCACACGAAUUCCUUACCACCACACCCAUCUACAUUGCAUAUGAUCAUUCUGGGCCAGGCCACUACGAUGCCACAAAAGGUACUCGAUAAUUGUUCAAUAACCUUAGGUUAAAUUAGCAGUUAUAAAUUCUGAUAAUGCUACAUACCUCCUCAUAUAUCGAGGUUUGAACUGAGAAUUUUUCGAGAUCCUCCCGAUGUCUUGGCACCCUUAUAUGGUUGAAGUCUUGUACUAGUACUAAGUUGUAAAUGCUUACGUUAAUAAAACUGAGCCGGAAAUCAUUUAAUGGAGAAAAUGAUGUUUUCUUCAUUUGUGCUGAAACGAAUUCUGUAAAUCGAGGUUAUUUCAGAUAUAAGCAAUAACUAUUUACCGACGUGUCGGUGGCUAAUAGUAGACAUUUAACGAGCCGCGAAGCAGCUUGGCAAAUAUUCACUAAUAGCCACGACACUGAGGCGAAUAGCUGUUUUUUUUAGUACCCACUAAAUCAGUGAGAUAAUAUGGCACAAAAAGAUGAUUUUAAUAAUCAAUUUAUUCCUGUACGUGCGGCAGCGUGAAACUCGCGAGUUGCUCGGAGGUAAAUAGCAAAGGAUAUUCAGAGUUUGAGUAGCCAGUCAGAGCACACCUUCAACGCUGUCCACUGCUUUAGUAUAUACUAAUGACCUUUAACUUGUCGAAACCUUGUCGAAAACCAUUGCAUUAAUUCUUGACAUGGUUUCAUCGUUUCAGAAGUUUCAAGUGAGAAUGACUGUGACGAACAAGCGAAGGAAACAAGAUGCACUUGCGGUAAAAACAAGAAAAAUAAGUCAGUUUCAGACAUUUUCUGUGUUUCUGGUAAAUGCCCGUGCCACAAAGUGAACCACUCUUGUACCCGCUCGUGUAGAUGUUACAACUGCAAAAAUACGUGCAAUUCCAAUGAAGUUGUGAAGGUAAAAAAGAGUCUGAAGAGAGGCUGUAGGUGCGGAGUUGGACAAAAGAGCAAAAGGGACGGAGGACCAAAUGCAAGUCACAAGUCGUGUCAAGACAGUCUCCGCAAGUCGAAGUGUCCGUGUGUAGCGGGUGGCAUAGGAUGCACCGAAGUCUGCAGAUGCUUUAAUUGUGGAAACAUUGUUCAAGCUCGAGCUGACCCGGGAAAAUCCCCAAAACGAAAGAAGCGAAAUAGGGCGACCGUCUCUCCAUAUAAGAGGAAAAAGGGAUUAUAGCAACGCUUGAUCGCCGCUAGCUGGACCGUACGAAUCUCACUGAUCGACACAACAAAUAUCGCCCCAAUUUCUUUCUGUUAAACGCCUCCUUUAUUAAAUGUCGUAUUUGACCGUGAAGCUAAAAAUAAUUGAUUCACAAAAUUAGGGACAAGAAAUUAGCUAUAGAAACACUCGAGGUAAAUUAAACUUACAUUGUUGCCGGAUCUGGCGAGAGUUGACACAAAAAAGACCUUUCCUUCCUUCGAUAAAAACGACAGACAAUUUCUUUCUAUUAAACCACGAGUGCUUGUGAAAUCGAUCGAAUUAUUGAAUUGCACAAUAGAUCCGUUCUGUUUGGAAAUGCGAUACCACUUACGGAACGCGUGACGAGGCACCUAGUGUGACUUUUACAGAUUAUUAAUUAAACGAUUACUAAAUCAAAACAAGGGAUAAACCCGUGCCUUAGGGGCACUUACAGGGAUCAAAGUUCAUGAUAAGUCAAAAUGCAGAGGUGGAUUGUGGACCAUGGAGAAACAUUGAAACGCUUUGUUUGAUGGUUUGCCGGGACGUGAUGCUAAGUCAAGGACUUUCCAUAAAUUCAAAAAAUUUGCGUGAUUUGUAUGAUUUCGUGGCUAAGUCUCCUGCUGUUAUGGAAAUGUCUUUAAACAUAGCUGCGAAGUCUACAGCACAGAUUGUGGCUAAAAUAGCGCAUCUAAGAGGCAUUGAUUUGUAA